AUGAGAUCGGCAUUGACAACGUGUACAUUUGUUUCUCUAUUAUAUUCACCAACGGUUUCAUUCACAUCAGAAACCACUUUCAGUUCUCAAGUUUCACUAACAACUGGUACAACAGAAUCCGUAUUGGAGUCUUCGACUGAAUUUACCUCUAGAUCAAUAAGUUUAAUGACGUCAACUCAAGUUGAAGAAACUGAGACUUCUGUUAAUGAAACAUUGUCAGCGAUAUUUUCGACGAAGACUAUAUCACCUAUUGAUACUUCAUUAUAUUCGCCAAUAUUUUCAUAUACAUAUGGAACAUCGUUUGGGUCCUUAGUUGCAAAUAUAACGGGGUUACCAGAAACAUCAAUGGAGUACUCAACGGAAUUUAUUUCAGAACCUUUUAUUUCAACCGCGUUAACUGAAGGUGAAGAAACUGAACUUCCUCUAAAUAUCACAUCGUCAUCAAUGAUUUUGGCAGUGAGACCAUCUACAUUUGUUUCUCAAUUAUAUUCACCAAUGUCUUCACUUACAUCGGAAACCACUUUCGGUUCUCUGGUUUCAUUAUCAACUGUUACAACAGAACCCAUAUCAAAGUCUUCGACUGAAUCUAUUUCUAAAUCAAUAAGUUUAAUGACGUCAACUCAAGUUGAAGAAACUGAGACUUCUGUUAAUAAAACAUUGUCAGCGAUAUUUUCGACAAAGACUAUAUUAUCUACGGAUACAUUGAUAUAUUCGCCAAUAAUUUCGUAUAUAUUAAAAACCUCUUUUGGAUCUUCAGUUUCAAAUAUAACGGGGUUACCAGAAACAUCAAUUAAGUCGUCAACGGAAUUUUCUGAAGCCCUUAUUACAAGAGCGUUAACUGAAGUUGAAGAAACUAAACGACCUCUAAAUAUUACAACGUCAUCAAUGAUUUCGGCAGUGACAACAUCUACAUUUGUUUCUCAAUUUUAUUCACCAAUGUCUUCAUUUACAUCGCAAACCACUUUCGGUUCUCAGGAGUUGCUAACAACUCUUACAACAGAAUCCAUAUUGGAGUUGUCGACUGAAUUUAUUUCUAAAUCAACAAGUUUAAUGACGACAACUCAAGUUGAAGAAACUGAGACUUCUGUUAAUAAAACAUUGUCAUUAAUAAUUUCGACGAAGACAAUAUCACCAUCUGAUUCUUCGUUAAUUUCGCCAAUAUUUUCGUAUACAUUAGAAACCUCUUUUGGGUCUUCAGGUGCAAAUAUAACGAGGUUACCAGAAACAUCAAUUAAGUCGUCAACGGUAUUUUCUGAAGUCCUUAUUACAACAGCGUUAACUGAAGUUGAAGAAACUAAACGACCUCUAAAUAUUACAACGUCAUCAAUGAUUUCGGCAGUGACAACAUCUACAUUUGUUUCUCAAUUUUAUUCACCAAUGUCUUCAUUUACAUCGCAAACCACUUUCGGUUCUCAGGAGUUGCUAACAACUCUUACAACAGAAUCCAUAUUGGAGUUGUUGACUGAAUUUAUUUCUAAAUCAACAAGUUUAAUGACGUCAAUUCAAGUUGAAGAAACUGAGACUUCUGUUAAUAAAACAUUGUCAUUAAUAAUUUCGACGAAGACAAAAUCACCAUCUGAUAGUUCGUUAAUUUCGUCAAUAUUUUCGUAUACAUUAGAAACCUCUUUUGGGUCUUCGGGUGCAAAUAUAACAGCGUUACCAGAAACAUCAAUUAAGUCUUCAACGGAAUUUUCUGAAGUCUUUAUUACAACAGCGUUAACUGAAGUUGAAGAAACUAAACGUACUCUAAAUAUUACAAUGUCAUCAAUGAUUUCGGCAAUGACAACAUCUACAUUUGUUUCUCAAUUAUAUUCACCAAUGUCUUCACUUACAUCGAAAACCACUUUCGGUUCUCAAGUUUCACUAAAAACUAGUACAACAGAACCCAUAUCAAAGUCUUCGACUGAAUCUACCUCUAAAUCAAUAAGUUUAAUGACGUCAACUCAAGUUGAAGAAACUGAAACUUCUGUUAAUAAAACAUUGCCAGCGAUAAUUUCGACAAAGACAAUAUCACCAACUGAUUCUUCGUUAAUUUCGCCAAUAUUUUCGUAUACAUUAGUAACCUCUUUUGGGUCUUCAGGUGCAAAUAUAACGGGGUUACCAGAAACAUCAAUUAAGUCUUCAACGGAAUUUUCUGAAGUCCUUAUUACAACAGCGUUAACUGAAGUUGAAGAAACUAAACGACCUCUAAAUAUUACAACGUCAUCAAUGAUUUCGGCAGUGACAACAUCUACAUUUGUUUCUCAAUUUUAUUCACCAAUGUCUUCAUUUACAUCGCAAACCACUUUCGGUUCUCAGGAGUUGCUAACAACUCUUACAACAGAAUCCAUAUUGGAGUUGUCGACUGAAUUUAUUUCUAAAUCAACAACUUUAAUGACGACAACUCAAGUUGAAGAAACUGAGACUUCUGUUAAUAAAACAUUGUCAGCGAUAAUUUCGACGAAGACUAUAUCACCAUCUGAUACUUCCUCAAUUUCGUCAAUAUUUUCGUAUACAUUAGAAACCUCUUUUGGGUCUUCAGUUGCAAAUAUAACGGGUUUACCAGAAACAUCAAUUAAGUCUUCAACGGAAUUUUCUGAAGUCCUUAUUACAACAGCGUUAACUGAAGUUGAAGAAACUAAACGACCUCUAAAUAUUACAACGUCAUCAAUGAUUUCGGCAAUGACAACAUCUAUAUUUGUUUCUCAAUUUUAUUCACCAAUGUCUUCAUUUACAUCAGCAACCACUUUCGGUUCUCAGGAGUUGCUAACAACUCUUACAACAGAAUCCAUAUUGGAGUUGUCGACUGAAUUUAUUUCUAAAUCAGCAAGUUUAACGACGACAACUCAAGUUGAAGAAACUGAGACUUCUGUUAAUAAAACAUUGUCAGCGAUAUUUUCGACGAAGACUAUAUUACCUACGGAUACAUUGUUAUAUUCGUCAAUAUUUUCGUAUACAUUAGAAACCUCUUUUGGGUCUUCAGUUGCAAAUGUAACAGCGUUAUUAGAAACAUCAAUUAAGUCGGCAACGGAAUUUUCUGAAGUCCUUAUUACAACAGCAUUAACUGAAGUUGAAGCAACUAAACGACCUCUAAAUAUUACAUCGUCAUCAAUGAGAUCGGCAGUGACUACAUCUACAUUUGUUUCUCAAUUAUAUUUACCAAUGUCUUUACUUACAUCGGAAAUUACUUUUGGUUCUCAUGUUUCACUGACAACUGGUACAACAGAAUUCGUAUUGGAGUCUUCGACUGAAUUUACCUCUAUAUCAAUAAGUUUAAUGACGUCAACUCAAGGUGAAGAAACUGGGACUUCUGUUAAUAAAACAUUGUCAUCAAUAAUUUCGACAAAGACAAUAUCACCAUCUGAUACUUCGUUAUUUUCGUCAAUAUUUGCGUAUACAUCAGAAACCUCUUUUGGGUCUUCAGGUGCAAAUAUAACGGGGUUGCCAGAAACAUCAAUUAAGUCGUCAACGGAAUUUUCUGAAGCCCUUAUUACAACAGCGUUAACUGAAGUUGAAGAAACUAAACGACCUCUAAAUAUUACAACUUCAUCAAUGAUUUCGGCAAUGACAACAUCUACAUUUGUUUCUCAAUUUUAUUCACCAAUGUCUUCAUUUACAUCGCAAACCACUUUCGGUUCUCAGGAGUUGCUAACAACUCUUACAACAGAAUCCAUAUUGGAGUUGUCGACUGAAUUUAUUUCUAAAUCAACAAGUUUAAUAACGACAACUCAAGUUGAAGAAACUGAGACUUCUGUUAAUAAAACAUUGUCAUUAAUAAUUUCGACGAAGACAAUAUCACCAUCUGAUUCUUCGUUAAUUUCGCCAAUAUUUUCGUAUACAUUAGAAACCUCUUUUGGGUCUUCAGGUGCAAAUAUAACGGGGUUACCAGAAACAUCAAUUAAGUCGUCAACGGAAUUUUCUGAAGCCCUUAUUACAACAGCGUUAACUGAAGUUGAAGAAACUAAACGUACUCUAAAUAUUACAAUGUCAUCAGUGAGAUCGGCAGUGACUACAUCUACAUUUGUUUCUCAAUUAUAUUCACCAAUGUCUUCACGUACAUCGCAAACCACUUUCGGUUCUCAGGAGUUGCUAACAACUCUUACAACAGAAUCCAUAUUGGAGUUGUCGACUGAAUUUAUUUCUAAAUCAACAAGUUUAAUGACGACAACUCAAGUUGAAGAAACUGAGACUUCUGUUAAUAAAACAUUGUCAGCGAUAAUUUCGACGCAGACAAUAUCACCAUCUGAUACUUCGUUAAUUUCGCCAAUAUUUUCGUAUACAUUAGUAACCUCUUUUGGGUCUUCAGGUGCAUAUAUAACGGGGUUACCAGAAACAUCAAUUAAGUCUUCAACGGAAUUUUCUGAAGUCCUUAUUACAACAGCGUUAACUGAAGUUGAAGAAACUAAACGACCUCUGAAUAUUACAUCGUCAUCAAUGAGAUCGGCAGUGACAUCUACAUUUGUUUCUCAAUUAUAUUCACCAAUGUCUUUAUUUACAUCGCAAACCACUUUCGGUUCUCAGGAGUUGCUAACAACUCUUACAACAGAAUCCAUAUUGGAGUUGUCGACUGAAUUUAUUUCUAAAUCAACAAGUUUAAUAACGACAACUCAAGUUGAAGAAACUGAGACUUCUGUUAAUAAAACAUUGUCAUUAAUAAUUUCGACGAAGACAAUAUCACCAUCUGAUUCUUCGUUAAUUUCGCCAAUAUUUUCGUAUACAUUAGAAACCUCUUUUGGGUCUUCAGGUGCAAAUAUAACGAGGUUACCAGAAACAUCAAUUAAGUCGUCAACGGUAUUUUCUGAAGUCCUUAUUACAACAGCGUUAACUGAAGUUGAAGAAACUAAACGACCUCUAAAUAUUACAACGUCAUCAAUGAUUUCGGCAGUGACAACAUCUACAUUUGUUUCUCAAUUUUAUUCACCAAUGUCUUCAUUUACAUCGCAAACCACUUUCGGUUCUCAGGAGUUGCUAACAACUCUUACAACAGAAUCCAUAUUGGAGUUGUCGACUGAAUUUAUUUCUAAAUCAACAAGUUUAACGACGACAACGCAAGUUGAAGAAACUGAGACUUCUGUUAAUAAAACAUUGUCAUUAAUAAUUUCGACAAAGACAAUAUCACCAUCUGAUUCUUCGUUAAUUUCGCCAAUAUUUUUGUAUACAUUAGAAACCUCUUUUGGGUCUUCAGGUGCAAAUAUAACGGGGUUACCAGAAACAUCAAUUAAGUCGUCAACGGAAUUUUCUGAAGUCCUCAUUACAACAGCGUUAACUGAAGUUGAAGAAACUAAACGAUCUCUAAAUAUUACAACGUCAUCAAUGAUUUCGACAGUGACAACAUCUGCAUUUGUUUCUCAAUUAUAUUCACCAAUGUCUUCAUUUACAUCGCAAACCACUUUCGGUUCUCAGGAGUUGCUAACAACUCUUACAACAGAAUCCAUAUUGGAGUUGUUGACUGAAUUUAUUUCUAAAUCAACAAGUUUAAUGACGUCAACUCAAGUUGAAGAAACUGAGACUUCUGUUAAUAAAACAUUGUCAGCGAUAAUUUCGACGAAGACAAUAUCACCUUCUGAUACAUCGUUAUAUUCGCCAAUAAUUUUGUAUACAUCAGAAACCUCUUUUGGGUCUUCAGGUGCAAAUAUAACGAGGUUACCAGAAACAUCAAUCAAAUCGUCAACGGAAUUUUCUGAAGCCCUUAUUACAACAGCGUUAACUGAAGUUGAAGAAACUAAACGACCUCUAAAUAUUACAACGUCAUCAAUGAUUGCGGCAGUAACAUCUACAUUUGAUUCUCAAUUUUAUUCACCAAUGUCUUCAUUUACAUCGCAAACCACUUUCGGUUCUCAGGAGUUGCUAACAACUCUUACAACAGAAUCCAUAUUGGAGUUGUCGACUGAAUUUAUUUCUAAAUCAACAAGUUUAAUGACGACAACUCAAGUUGAAGAAACUGAGACUUCUGUUAAUAAAACAUUGUCAGCGAUAAUUUCGACGAAGACAAUAUCACCAUCUGAUACUUCCUUAAUUUCGUCAAUAUUUUCGUAUACAUUAGAAACCUCUUUUGGGUCUUCAGGUGCAAAUAUAACGGGGUUACCAGAAACAUCAAUUAAGUCGUCAACGGAAUUUUCUGAAGUCCUUAUUACAACAGCGUUAACUGAAGUUGAAGAAACUAAACGACCUCUAAAUAUUACAACGUCAUCAAUGAGAUCGGCAUUGACAACGUCUACAUUUGUUUCUCUAUUAUAUUCACCAAUGUCUUCAUUUACAUCAGAAACCACUUUCGGUUCUCAGGUUUCAUUGACAACGGUCUCAACAAAAUCCUUGUUGGAGUUGUCGACUGAAUUUAUUUCUAAAUCAACAAGUUUAAUAACGACAACUCAAGUUGAAGAAACUGAGACUUCUGUUAAUAAAACAUUGUCAUCAUUAAUUUCAACGCAGACAAUAUCACCAUCUGAUACUUCCUUAAUUUCGUCAAUAAUUUCAGAUUUUGGUUAUAAAAUUGAGAGCAAUAUAACCCAAAUAGGACUAAACAAAGUGGUUGACACUGAUAAGGUGGACAAUGAGGCCUCAAAGGCCGAGCUGAUAACCUUAGCUUUAAAUACCACGACGCAUCACAGUCAUGUUACCAAUGAAAUGGUGGACGAAGAAGCCCCGCAAGAGGCUGAGCCGUUAACCACAACAGUUGGAAACGUGACAAUGACUGAUCUCGACUUAGCCGAGCGUAUCCGUCUGAAUAAGAGGGAGAAGCAGAAGCGAAAAAGAGAAAGACGAAAGAGGUCCUACGCCCAGGUAGCUGGGAUGGAUCUCAAUAUGGGUGUCAUCGAUUCAAGAGUCGAAGGACCUCUUGGCGAAAAACACUUAGUUGCUUUCAAAGCAUCUUUGUUGAACGCCGUGGACUCCCUAGAUAAUGAAAUAGGUGACAUAGGGUUUAUUGGCAACGCUCGCCUUAAGAAUGGUUACAUUACCAUUAAAUGUAAAAACCAACAAUCCAAGGCAUGGCUAAUCAGCACGGUAACUAAGCUGGAAGGCCUUUGGCCAGAAGCUAAGCUGACGGCUGAUACGCUAACAUCGUUGCUCAAUGAGAAGAGAAUAUUGAUCUUUGUCUACGACUCUACCGUGGGCAAAGAAAGUAUUCUCAGCAGGCUGCAGAAGCAAAACAGCUGUAUUAAAGAUACUUCGAAAUGGAGGAUCAUUAACUCCAGCAAGUUUGGUGAUGCAAGUAAUGCUGGCGUCAUGCUCACAGUGUGGUGCCCUAAAGAAGACGCUGAGGCGAUUAAGACCGCAGGAGCCAUGCUCAACUGUGGUCUAGAUCAGGCCGAAGUGAAGUUCUGA